AAAGAGAAAAUAUCAAAAAUCUUUUUCAGAAUGACCUAUCUCCAAUGGACAUAGCUUACUCAGUGACCACAGCUAACAUUCUCCUCAAUGCAACUUUGCUGGAAAAAUAUCUAAGUGCCAUCGCACCGCAAAAUGUUACAGUCUUCCUAGAAGCUUUCUCUUCUACAGCAAAACAGGCCAACCUGUCAGAGGAGCAAGUAACAACAAUAAAGAAAACACUCCUAGUUACAGAGCUCAGGGGUCUUCAGGCCAACUUCUCUACUUAUACAACUGAACAAUGGAGCGUUUUGUUCCAAAACGACUUGCUUAACUUGACAGUAUACUUCAACCAAACCCUUCUUGAGAUCAUCCCGCUGAACGUAACCUGCUCCUCCUACCAAGCAAUAGUUAAAGCAUUUAGCCUUCAGUUUAGCUCAAUGACAGAUGACACAAGAGAAGCAAUCUAUCAGAACUUCCUGAAACCAUACUUGAAGGCAAAGAUAGCCAUUUCCACAGUGGUUUGUGAUGCUGGAAACUUCCAGGACUGGAGUGAACUGAACUUUGGAGCCUUUUUCUACUUCUUCUCACUUGAAGAAAUCAUGACACUCAAUAAAAACUUUACAAUGGUAAGCUCCUGCACAUGGGUUGACAUUACAAAUCCUAGAUUGAUGAUGAAGCGCUGUAAGAGGUCAAUUAAAAAAGGUUACCAUGACAUAGGGUGGUGCAAUGCUAUAGGCUUUUGCCACCAAAGAGAAUCACACACACCUUGCUUGUACCAUAAAGGGGAUUCGUGAUAUACAGCUGACAGU